ACAGUCCACCUAAACCAAAAUUACAACAUAAGUUCGAUUAUUAUUUGCUCUGUAAAUGAAUCAGAAAAUGGAAGAAGAGAGAGCAAAAGAAGAGGAAACAUGGAGCAGAGAAACAGUCCCAAAAGUAAUGAGAAUUGUGAGCUCAAGGCUCCCUCAAAGAGAUUUAAUUUCUCUUCUUCUCGUUAGCCCAUCUCUUCAUCGUACUUUACUUUCAUAUUCCUCUCUUUGGCUGGUUAUUGAUUUGCGUGAGAUGAAUAAUGCUGGAAAUAGACUUAUAGCUGCUCUUUCAAUGCCUAGAUAUCAGAAUGUGAAACAGAUAAACCUUGAGUUUGCGCAAGAUAUUGAAGACAGACAUCUCGACCUCCUUAAAACCAAGUGUUUGGGUUCUUUGCAAAACCUGGAGUCUUUGAAUCUGAAUGGUUGUCAGAAGAUCUCAGACAAGGGCAUUGAAAUUAUAACUACUGCUUGUCCUAAACUGAAAGUGUUCUCCAUUUAUUGGAAUGUAAGAGUAACAGAUAUUGGCAUACAGCAUCUGGUAAAGAACUGCAAAUAUAUUGUUGAUUUGAACUUAAGUGGCUGUAAGAAUAUAUCUGACAAGAGUUUGCAAUUAGUUGCUGACAAUUAUCAAGAGAUAGAAUCAUUGAACCUGACUAGGUGUGUCAAGCUAACAGAUGGUGGCUUGCAAAAAAUUUUGCUCAAGUGCACCUCUCUCAAGAGUUUAAAUCUUUAUGCCCUUUCUAGCUUCACAGGUGAAGCUUACAAUAAGAUAUCACUUUUAUCCCAUCUCUGUUUCUUGGACCUAUGUGGCGCUCAGAAUCUGUCAGAUGAAGGACUUGCCUGUAUAGCUAAAUGCAAGAAUCUUGUAUCUCUCAAUUUAACAUGGUGUGUACGUAUCACUGAUGCGGGGGUGAUAGUUCUUGCUCAAGGUUGCACCUCUCUUGAAUUUCUUAGCUUAUUUGGAAUAGUUGGGGUGACCGAUAAGUGCCUUGAGGUCCUUUCAAGCUUCUGCUCAAAGACGCUUACAACUCUAGAUGUAAAUGGAUGUGUCGGCAUUAAGAAACGGAGCCGCGAUGAACUGCUUCAGUUGUUCCCAUAUCUGAGGUGCUUCAAAGUUCACAGCUGA